AUGUCUGCUACUCUCCAAGGCUCAGGCCACUUUCAAGUGCCAGAAGUUUCACAGGAGGAUAUAAGCUCAUUUCACGACGCGCAUUUCUCCUUUGCAGCUGUCGAGCUCUUCGAUACCCAGUUUUUGCAACCAGAAAACACGCAAGAUGAUAAUCAAUACUACGAGGAAUAUGAAGAAUACUACGAAGAAGAGGAUGACGGCUUAGGCUAUUAUCCAGAUGGCGUCAAGCGCACGCUCACUGAUGAGCAAAUCGCUAUAUUUCGGCAUUCCGAAAUUGAAGCCCUACGCCGCGCUAAGAGGAGAGCCGCUAAGCUCGGAGAAACUUCGAUCGCGCCGUUGCAAGUUCACGAAGAUGACUCUAUAUCUACUGGUGGCCCUAAUCCCGACUCGAUAGCGAUAAUAUUGCCUACGAUACCGGAUGAGGGCCAAGAAGAACACAAGGGGAAAAGGGGCGAUUUGCAAGAUGGCAGCGAGGACGGAGAAAUCGAAGAAGAAAAGCCUGCGCCUACAGAAGCUGAGAUCAAGCGUCAGAAAAAACAACGGGCGAGAAAAAGGAAGCAGGAGCAACGCAAGUUCCAACCCGAGAAGAAGCCCGAUCUACGAAAGAGGACGUGGGACGUAGUCGAGGCUGGUAUGGACAGCUUGUACUACGACGACGAAACCGCUCAGGACACUACUGCCGCUCCUGCGGCGCAGAGACGAAGGAUAUCGUACGACGAUUAA